GCCGAGCACAUGGAGCUCACUCUGAGCAAAGCGUCGUCAUCAUCGCAGCAGUCGGAGACGGCGAAUGCGGACGACGACGACGACGACAGUCCGUCGGAAGGCGAGGAGUUGCCAAUGACGACAAUGACCGUAGUCGCCAAUAACAGCAACGGGACUUCCCAGCAGAAUAAUAAGAAGGAAUUGGCGUCUGGUGCCAAGUUGAGGCGGAUCGGCCGAACUCUGCACGCCUUUGCUGCCAAUAAGCGGACUAUACUGACGAAGGAUCCGAAUCAGCAGCAAUCGGUGGUUAUUCAUCAUCCUGAGGAUGUCGUGUUGGAUGAAACCGAAGAUGAUGAUGAUGAAGACAACGACAACGACAACAACGAAAAUCAUAAAGAAAAGUGGCAAGAAAAUGAUGGAGAGGGCACCAUCAGCAAACCGCAUCACAGCAACAAGUUGAAUAACUUGUUGGCAUUGGCCAAGAAAUCCACCAACAGAACCGGUUUCUAUAAAAUUUCCGAAUCCAAGCCGACAAAAAAUGAUUCAUCCGCUUCACCAACAAUCAUCAGGACGGACAGGAAAAUGUCCAACUCUUCAAAGAGGAAGAAUAACAGGGAUUACGCGUUGGAAAGUUCGCAAGGCAGUGAAGAAAAGCUGGACGACGUCGACAAGCAGGACAGCCUUUAUAAAAUGCAGAAUAAUGCAGGCAAAAGACCACUCAUAAUGAGCUUCUCUUCUCCGUAUGCGGCAGAUGACGGGCCACGUGAGCAGCAGCAACAGCAACAGCACAAGUCCAGCAGCAAUGACAAGCCGAAAAUGCGGUUCCUGCGCCGCUACUGGGCCUCGGAAAACACCAAUAAGGACCGGAAGAGCAAUGCGGACGAAGACGAGUUGCGGCGACGGUCGACGGUGGGUGCGGAAGUGCUGCUGACGACGACGAGACCCGAUAAGGCCAGUGAUGAUGAUGAUGAUUUGCCGCAAGAAGAAGAAGAAGGUGGAGAUCGUGACCUACUGGCCCGCCGAAAUGGGUCAUCGUCGAGCCCCAUCGGGAAUAAAUCCAAUGAGGGGUUCGCAUCGGGUCGCAGACGGGGACUCCGGCAUCGCGGGGCCGUGCGCAAGGUCAGCGGGCAACACGGCCGCGACUACUGGAAAGUGCAAAAGCUGCACGCCAAGGAGGAAAAGUCCAAGUCGUUCUGGUCGUCCGUGGGCCAGCGGAUCCUGCAGAGCAGCAUGUUCGACAACCGGGAGGCCCGUGCGGGGGCCAUCUUCAACCCGCUGCGUGGCUUGAAGUUGCAGGACCGCUUCCCCAUCUCCCCGUUUGCGCAGAUGCAAUUGCUGGAUGAUGACGAAGAAGAAGAAGAUGCUGACGAGGAGACACAGCAGUCAUCAAGUGUCAACCAUCAUCAGUUGUCAUCAUCACCACCACAACCUGCUGCUACUGCUGCUGGUGAUUGA